GGAGAGCUUAGUGUAGGACAUGCUGGAUAUGAGAUGCCUGUCAGACAAGACAGCCCCGUAGAAAUGUUGAGGCCAUCUGGAGUUCGGGACAGAGGUCGUGGCUGCAGAUAGAAGCUUGGACAUAACAUAACUGGCUACAGACAGACUGACACCAUUAAUAGAGGUGAAGUGUCCAAGGCUUGGGCAAUGCUAGAGCCCCGAGUGGUAGGUGCUGUCCACGCCCCGUGUGGAAUUCUGUGUCCAGUGCUGGAAGCCCCUUUAUAAAGGGGUGCUGUUAGCCUGGACCAUGUCCACAGAAGGGUGUCGGGAUGAUGGGAGGUACAGAAAUCACGGGGCAUGAGGAAGGGCUGCCUUUGAGAGGAGACCUGGUGCUGUGUGAGUACUGUGUCCAUCUCCUGACAGCCACCCUGUGGGAGAGGGUGCGGCGAGCCCUGGGGGUGGGCUGAGAGCAAAAGCGGGUGGCUCUGAGGAAGCUAGUUUGGGCAGGGGGUGAAGAGGAACUUUCCAGCUAAUUCCUGGAGAAACCUGCACCACUGCCCUGGAAAUGACCAGCCUGGCGGAGGUUUUCAAACUCCCUUUGACCUGAAGUACAGGAAGAAUUCCAUUUUGCUGUGAUCCUGUGCACAUUUAGGAAAAGGUGAAACACGUUUCCCCACACCUUCUUAUCCCUUCCGUCAUCAUUGCACUUCCAUAUUUGCUUUUCUUCUCCCCCCUUCCCCCCCCAGCCCAAAAGAGGGCUGGAACUCAGGACCCUGAGAUCGAAACCCGAGCUGAGAUCAAGAGUCAGAAGUUAAAGCUGAGCCACCUAGGUGCCCCAUCCGCUUCUUUUUUGAUGCUAAUAGGGACCCCUUAAGUUGAUUCCAGGACCCACUGGGAGGCCCAGUCUGCAGCUUGACAGCCCUGGUCCCGGCAGAACUAAGCUCCAUCCCUGAGGAUGUUAGGAGCCAGGAGGAUUGCGGGUGGGUGGACCUUGCCUCUUCCCAGUGGGUGCCUGUAGGAUUCCACUCCAGUCUGAGGGAGUCUUUUCCCCUCCCAGGCAACGUGCAGGCUGUGGAGGAGCUCAGACGCCCCUGGCACUACCUUAUUCCCCGUUACCCCACUUAGGCUAAUCUUGCCUCGCCCCCCCCGCCCCCCAUCCGAGAUGCGGCUUCGUGUGGGCAGAAUCCUAGACGUGGAUGGCCGCGCAGGGUGCCUAGAGCGGGCGCAGAGCCUGUAGUGACCGCCCUGCCAAGACCCCAGGUCGAGAGACCCGGGCCGUCUACGGCGGGGCGGGGCCGCCACCCGCGAGUCAAGUCGAGCCACCUGAGCCGGAGCCCCGAGGACGCCGUUGCUCCCCGCUGUCCGGAGCGCCGCGAUGGGCCGGGGGAGCCGACCGCCCGCCCAGCGGAGAGCGCUGCCGCCCUGGCCGCCGCUGCUGCUUCUGCUGCUGCUGCUGCUGCUGCCGCCGCCGCCGCCGACUCGGGCGCUCGCCCCUCGGAUCAGCCUGCCGCUGGGCUCUGAAAAGCGGCCGUUCCUCAGAUUUGAAGCUGAAAACAUUUCCAACUACACGGCCCUUCUGCUGAGCAGGGAUGGCAGGACUCUGUACGUGGGUGCCCGAGAGGCUCUCUUUGCUCUCAACAGUAGUUCCAGCUUCCUGCCAGGCGGGGAGUACCAGGAGCUGCUGUGGAGCGCAGAUGCAGACAGGAAACAGCAGUGCAGCUUCAAGGGCAAGGACCCACAGCGCGACUGUCAAAACUACGUGAAGAUCCUCCUUCCGCUCAACAGCAGCCACCUGUUCACCUGCGGCACAGCAGCCUUCAGCCCCGUGUGCACCUACAUCAGUGUGGAGAACUUCACUCUGGCACAGGACGAGGCGGGGAACAUCCUCCUGGAGGAUGGCAAGGGCCGAUGUCCCUUUGACCCCAAUUUCAAGUCUACGGCCCUGGUGGUUGACGGUGAGCUGUACACUGGAACAGUCAGCAGCUUCCAAGGCAAUGACCCGGCCAUCUCCCGGAGCCAGAGCCUCCGCCCGACCAAGACCGAGAGCUCCCUCAACUGGCUCCAAGACCCAGCGUUUGUGGCCUCAGCCUACGUUCCCGAGAGCCUGGGCAGUUUGCAGGGGGACGAUGACAAGAUCUACUUCUUCUUCAGCGAGACUGGCCAGGAGUUUGAGUUUUUCGAGAACACCAUCGUGUCCCGCAUCGCCCGCAUCUGCAAGGGUGACGAGGGCGGCGAGCGGGUCCUGCAGCAACGCUGGACGUCCUUCCUCAAGGCCCAGCUGCUCUGCUCGCGGCCCGACGACGGCUUCCCGUUCAACGUGCUGCAGGACGUCUUCACGCUGAGCCCCAGCCCCCAGGACUGGCGGGACACCCUCUUCUAUGGGGUCUUCACAUCCCAGUGGCACAGGGGGACCACGGAGGGCUCCGCCCUGUGUGUCUUCACCAUGAAAGACGUGCAGAAGGCCUUCAACGGCCUGUACAAGGAGGUGAACCGGGAGACACAGCAGUGGUACACUGUGACCCACCCAGUGCCCACACCCCGUCCCGGAGCGUGCAUCACCGACAGUGCCCGGGAGAGGAAGAUCAGCUCGUCCCUGCAACUCCCAGACCGUGUGCUGAACUUCCUCAAGGACCACUUCCUGAUGGACGGGCAGGUCCGCAGCCGCCUGCUGCUGCUGCAGCCCCGCGCCCGCUACCAGCGCGUGGCCGUGCACCGCGUGGCCGGCCUGCACCACACCUACGACGUGCUCUUCCUGGGCACCAGCGAUGGCCGGCUGCACAAGGCGGUGGGCGUGGGCCCCAGGGUGCACAUCGUCGAGGAGCUCCAGAUCUUCUCGCCAGGACAGCCCGUGCAGAACCUGCUGCUGGACGCCAGCAGGGGACUGCUCUACGCUGCCUCCCACUCAGGCGUAGUCCAGGUGCCUGUGGCCAACUGCAGCCUGUACCAGAGCUGUGGGGACUGUGUCCUCGCCCGGGACCCCUACUGUGCUUGGAGCGGUUCCAGCUGCAGACACGUCAGCCUCUACCAACCUGAGGCGGCCUCCAGGCCGUGGAUCCAGGACAUUGAGGGGGCGAACGCCAGGGGCCUCUGCAACACGUCCUCAGCCCGGUUUCCGGCUCCUGUACUAACAGGCGAGAAGCCGUGUGAGCGGGUCCAGUUUCAGCCCAACACGGUGAACACGUUGGCCUGCCCCCUCCUCUCCAACCUGGCCACCCGGCUCUGGCUCCACGACGGGGCCCCCGUCAACGCCUCGGCCUCCUGCCGCGUGUUACCUACUGGGGACCUGCUGCUGGUGGGCAGCCAGCAGGAACUGGGGGUGUUCCAGUGCUGGUCGCUGGAGGAGGGCUUCUGGCAGCUGGUGGCCAAUUACUGCCCAAAGGUUGUAGAGGACCUGAUCGCGGACCGAGCAGACCGGAGCGGCGGCGUGCCCGUCGUCAUCAGCACGUCGCGGGUGAGCGCGCCGGCCGGCGGCAAGGCCAGCUGGGGUGCGGACAAGUCCUACUGGACCGAGUUCCUGGUGAUGUGCGCGCUCUUCGUGUUCGCUGUGGUGCUCCUGAUUUUAUUCUUCCUCUACCGGCACCGGGGCGGCAUGAAAGUCUUCCUGAAGCAGGGGGAGUGUGCCAGUGUGCACCCCAAGACCCGCCCUACGGCGCUGCCACCUGAGACCCGGCCGCUUAACGGCGUAGGCCCCCCUAGCACCCCUCUCGACCACCGAGGCUACCAGGCCCUGUCAGACAGCCCCCCGGGGCCCCGCGUCUUCACGGAGUCCGAGAAGAGGCCGCUCAGCAUCCAGGACAGCUUUGUGGAGGUGUCCCCGGUGUGCCCCCGGCCCCGGGUCCGCCUGGGCUCUGAGAUCCGGGACUCCGUGGUGUGAGAGCUGACUUCUAGAGGAGUCCACCUUGGCUUCAGAGGCCGUGAGUGCUCAGAGGGGGUCAGCCGGGCCUCCGCUUCUCGCGGAACACAACUGUGGCGCCCGACCCUCGUGAGCGAUGGAGCGGGCCACGUAGCGAGGCCCCCUCCGACCCACAGCCGCGGCCCCGGAGGUCCCAGCUGAAGAUGGGGGCCUGUCUCGAUGGACAGAAGAGCGCUCCCUGUGUAAACUGAGCCCUUUGUUUAAACAACGGAAAAUGUGAAACAGGAGUGAGGAGGAGACAGCCCGGAGCCCCAGGCGCGCACGCAGCCCCUCCCGCAGCCUCAGCCUCGGAGGCGUGGGAAUUCGCCCAAAGUGGUGGUCUGAGACAGAGCUGGGCACCCCCACCGGCUGGCCUCUUCCGCCUUCUGCCUUAGCCUGCCGCCACCGGCUGCCCCUGGUCUCUGCCGAGGCAAGGGCCGGCUCGGGCUCCGUGCGUCCUGCCUCGACGGCUGGCCGGCCCAUUACAGCCAUCAUCCCAUCACCUCAGGGACCGGGGGGAGGGGGGGGUGCUACACCGCCCCCGCAGCCCUCCCAAGGCCCUGGGCUCCGGCUCACCUGCUGGACCUUUCCAGCCUGUAUCAGGCUGUGGCCACGUGUGAGAGGGGGCAGCGCGAGCCCGGGAGAGAGUUUGUGACGAUGGACGCCUUUCUCUCGGAAGCCUGCCUUCCUCCACCCCAGCCUGCAAACCUGUGUCCCUUUUCCCCACAUCUACCCCAGACUCCCCCCUAAACCUAGUCCUGCCCAGAGUCCAUCCCCUGUACCUUGCCUGCCCCCAUUCUAAGGUAUAUGGACACUGCCCAACACAGGGGCCCUGAGUUUAUGUGGGUUUUAUAUUUUUUUUUAAUGAGAUGCACUUUACUUUUUUUUUCUUUUUUUAAAUAAAAUCUAAAGAAUAGAAACAA